AUGGCGACCACCAUUUAUCUUUCCCCCGGAAAACUACAGCCGAGGCCAGAAGUGGUGGCCCGAAGGGGGCAGCCGCGGGGCCUGUGGAAGGAGCUCGCGCGCAUUGACGCCGACAAUCGUGGACAUGAUUUCUGGGACAGCAGGGAAGCUGGGUUGGGGAUGCUUUUGAGGUUCGUUAAGCCGCUCAUUAUGGACGUUGGUGGUGACCUAAACGCUGUUCUUGAACCGUACGACGAGCGGCGUCUGCUCGAGCAGCACGGAGCGGUCGUUUUUUAUCUCUUCAUUCGGCUGGCCUCGGAGGAAUCGUGGGGACAAUGGAUAUUGUUGUUGUUGGAGGUUUCCGCGUCCGGCCGCAGCGCGAUUGAUUGCGUUCCGCGGGCUAUUUCCUCUCUGCCCAGGGCUCUGGGGGGAUCAGCUGUUGUUGUUGUUGUUGUUGUUGACUUCACAUUAAACCGUAUGCGGGGGGAUCAGUAUAACAUAACAAAUCUCUUGCGUCGCGUCGUGAUAGUGGGACACAACACGGAGGUGCUGUUAAUGCUCCUAGAGAAUGAUGUAGCCAGCCCUCCCGCUCCCGUCGGGGUGCGAGAAGUGGACGACACAGGAUACUCUAGCCUUCCUAUUCUUUCUUUUGCCGUAUCAUUGGGUGACCGGAGCAUGGUGGUGGCCCUGAUCAAGGCGGGCACUCCCCUCGAGUUCCAAUCUAGACACAGCAGAGCCCCUUUGGCCAUUGUGGUUGCAAGCGACCGUGACAAGGCCCUGGGGAUCGUCCACGACCUUCUGGCUGCCGGGGCCGACGUGAACAACGCAGGCCACAAUAAUCAAACGAGGAUGCCGAUCUGGCGCGAGUGGCACCAGUUGGAUUCAAGAGGUCGCUCUGCGUUGCACGUGGCCUGUCGGCACAACUGUGAGGGUGCCGUCAAGCUAUUGCUGCAGUACGACGCCCGCGUGACGUUGCUUUGCGAUGACAGUCUUUCGCCGUUCGACGUGGUCGCCGUUGCAGUUCUCAAAAGGCGACAGUUAAGCCAAUGCUGGAGAUUGAGGCGACGGCCAGAUGCUGAGGAGGGCCAGUGCGUAGGAACGCCGUGCUUGGCUCAUCCUCACGCGGCACCGUAUCGCACGCGAUCCCCUUGCCGCGGGGUCAUCCUCACGGCCGCCAUCGUUCGUAGAACCAGCAUUCGGAGACCAAACCGCAACCUCGUGCAACACCGAGACGAAGGAGGCGCCAACGACGGAGGUUGCGAGCUUCCCGUACAUGUAGACAUCGAUUUGGGAGGUGCUUCCCCGAGGGGUAUGGCGCGAUCUGAGGCGUUUGAAGGUCGAACAGGCCAUUCCUUCACUCUGUAA